AUGCACCAGCGGCCCAAAGCGGUGCACAUCCGAGACGACGAAACCCAUUCGGCUAGCCCCGUGGAUCUGCGGUCUCGUAUGGAUGAUUCAUCGCCACCGCCAACGGAGCACAGCCAGCAACAGAAACCGAGACAGCCCAGACCGUCCACCGACCGUCGUAGUGGCAUGCAAAGAACUUCCUCCGGGGUAGUUUCCGUAUCCACCGUCAGCAGCAGCACCGGUCGAAGCGUCGACCAGCAUCACCACCGACAACAGUCACUUCAGCAACAUCAGCAACACCCGCAUCCGGGCAGCUAUCGUCACACGUCGUCGCACGGAAGAAAGUUGAGUCCCGGAAGUGACGGUGCGGUUAGUUCUUCAACGACUACCACCGCCGGUGGCGGUUCCGGUAGCCAUCCGCAAGCCGAAGCGAACUUGGACCGUUCUGCCGUAGCCCUACUGCGGCACAGUUCCUCGGAUUCAUCGCCAUCGGUCGGUGGAUUGUCUUCCGGAUUGAAAGAGUCUAGCAAGUGUCCAACGCCAGGCUGUGUAGGGCUUGGUCACGUCACCGGACUUUAUUCCCAUCACCGAAGCUUAUCUGGAUGCCCUCGAAGAGAUAAGGUCUCUUCUGAACUACUUGCCCUCCACGAAACGAUUCUAAAAUGUCCAACCCCCGGUUGUAACGGUAGAGGUCACGUCAGUGCCGGCCGUAACUCGCACCGUAGUCUCUCCGGUUGUCCGAAAGCGGCCGCCAGUAAGGCUGCUGCCCGUGAACUCAAGUACCAGAAUGGAUUGCUCUUCCGACAGAAGCUUCACUCUGCAGUCCUAAACUAUCAACAGUUGAACGAAUACAGGUCAUCACUGAUCAGCCAGACGCAGCACAGUCGCAGUUUGUCCCCGAUCGAUCUUCGACCGGAACAAUUUUCACCCGUAGACAACAGUACAGUUGACGAAGAGCCCGAAAACCUUAAGACCACCGAUCGGCGACCAGACGAACCUACCGAAUCUGGACGUAGCGAACCAGAAUCGGCCAAAGAACUUAAUCCGGUUAUUAAGACCGAAAAACCAGACUUCGACGGUGAACUUUCCUCCGGAAACGAUCGACCGAACAUGUUGGACGCUAGCAUGAGCUACGAUCGUCAGGUGGACUACCGCUACAGUCACCAACAGCAUCAACAGUAUACGAGCAGCAGUCACAUGGGUGGCUCCGCAACGGCAGCAUCCGUAGGCUACGAAUUCGCCGGCUACCCGAGCCGACCGUACGAUACGGGAGCCUUCGAACGAUACGAUCCACGGUACGGUGCUGCACCGUACGUCGAUCCCCAGAUGAUGGAAGACUACAGUUCACCGUCCUCGGCGGUGGGGUUUCAACAGGCGCAAGGUCACACAUCGACAACCGUUGGCCUUGCGCCGGGGCAGCCCUCCACACCGACUACUCCGGUGCUCAAGUUGGAACCGGACGAGAACAGCAGCUCGACUGGACCGCUCUGUCCACGGCCACUGUAUCAUCCCACCAGCAGCACCAGUAUCAACAGCAACUCUACCAGCAGCAACAGCAGCAGCAGCAAUAUUGGUGGUACGGUAGUUGUUCAGAAAGCGACUCAUCAGCAACCGUCUUCAGCAAUCAAUUUGAGUGUCAAGAUCAGUUCGGAAAUGGAUUUAGUCGGCACUACCAGGGGCAGCAGUAGAUCACCGGCCGUUGGUGAUCGUGCACCAGUGAUGGACCUGUCCGGAGCAAGCGUCUCUUCCUCAGGUGCUAAUCGACAGGAACAAAGCGCCGCUUCUAAAGUAACCAGUCCGCAACGGCAAACGCUGGAUUUGAGUGUCGGUCGACUUCCCAACAGCACCGUCAGCCCACGGGCCAAUCAACGAGCUUCAACAACCGGGUCACCGGUUCCCAAGUCCCCCCAAAACGAACCGAUGGAUUUCAGUGGACCCGCAACCCGACCGACCGCCGGACUGGGCUUUGGCUUUAUGGCUCCACCGCCGGUUGCUAUGGGCUACAGUCGAGAUUCCACCCCGGACAGUGCUUCCUCGCAUUACAUCUCCGACGGCUAUCGAGAUCAUAGUGCUUACUCAUCAUCGGGUGGCUACGGAAUGGCUGCUAUGGAGUAUGUGGCCAGCUCCGGUUACCCGGGAUACGGUCCACCGGGACCGUAUCAAAGCUGCAGCCCGUACGGAGCACCUCCACCACCAUCGAGUCACCAUCACCAUCACCACCACCACCAUCAUCUGUAUCCAUCUUCGGGAGCGUACGGCACUGCAACUGGUCACCACUAUUCGAUGCCACCACCCAGCCACAUUCCGUCGCAGGAUCGACUGUUGAGUGAUGGCCUGGCCGGGCUGAGCAGAACCUAUCAGCAUGUCAGCUCGCAGGAGCUGCGCUGUCCGACGGCCGGCUGUGACGGAUCGGGACAUGCCACCGGCAACUAUUCGUCCCAUCGAAGUUUGUCCGGCUGUCCGCGGGCUACGAAGCCGAAAAACAAACCACGCGAUGGCUCCGAGGCGGAACCGUUGAGCAGUUAUUUCUAGCGUAAAAUCUUGUCUUUCAGAUGUCCAAUCCCUGGCUGCGACGGUUCCGGACAUUCCACGGGUAAAUUCCUUUCUCAUCGUAGUGCAUCCGGGUGUCCAAUUGCCAGCCGCAACCGGUUGAGAAUCAUCGACAGUGGCGGUACCAAUAUCGGAGGAAUGAAAUUCGGCAGCGAUUCCGGAUACUCCACAGAUGGUUGUGAAAGUAAGCGGACUUCCAAGAAAAUACGUUUCUCUGAGGAGGGAUCCGACAGAAUUUCCAGAAACUAUAACGUCAUUAACGAGCUGGUCAGUUCCAAUGACACGCGAAGCAGCGAAGCCAGCAACCACUCCGUGGCUGAUUUGGUUGACGGUUACGGAAGCCAGCAGGAAUCCUACUCUAGCGAACACAAACCAUCGCUGUCGUCGACAGGCGACCAGCAGCCAACAGCCAGCACCACUACGGGUGGUGAGGAUCUUCUCUCGCUGGAAGCGGAAAUCUCCGAACUGCAGCGCGAGAACGCUCGAGUCGAGUCGCAGAUGCUGCGACUCAAGACGGACAUCAACGCCAUGGAAUCGCAGCUAAGUAGCGCCGAUCGGAAAACUCCAGCUGUCCGUGACAACGAUGUAGGUGAAUAUUAUGGCGGUCAGACAACUAGUACUGCUUCUACUACUACGCCUAACGGUGACAUCGUCUGCUCACAAACAUCAUCGGAGCAGGCCAGUACGCUGAUGAACAACAAUAGCACCAUUUGUAAAAAUCAAAACAAUCAACCGGAAACCGUUCAACUGGAUCAGUACUACUCGAAACUACAACCAUCCUCGUCCAGCCAGCAAUAUUACACCUCCACCGGACACGGUGGCUAUCUGGACGCUGCUAGCGUCCCGCACUACGGAAUCGAACAGCAAUCGCUCGACAGCCGAUCCCGUUACUACGAGUACGGUUCGGCUUUGACUGCUACGGCGGCACCGAUUUAA